AUGAGUCUAAUGGUGACACCUUCCAGAGCCCAAGGCAUAGAUAUCAUGGAGUCUCACGCUUCUGGCAUUGGUGAAAUGGAGCCUCCUAUUGGUCAAGACUGUGCUCCUCGCUAUGACAGGCCUCCUCCCGUUCACAGUGGAGCUGAUUGGAAGAUUAUCUUGCACCUUCCAGAGAUUGAUACCUGGAUCCGGAGCACAUCUGAGCGAGUCAGAGGACUCACACAGUCAGUGCACGAGGAUCCCCAGAGCAAGCAUGUUGAUGUGCACUUAAUGCAGCUUAAGGAGAUCUGUGAGGACAUCUCCGAUCACGUGGAACAAAUCCAUGCUUUGCUGGACACGGAGUUCUCCCUGAAGCUGCUGUCUUAUUCUGUCAAUGUGAUUGUGGACAUCCAUACGGUGCAGCUCCUGUGGCACCAGCUCCGGGUGUCUGUGCUGGUCCUGAGGGAAAGGAUACUACAAGGGCUGCAGGACAGCAACGGCAACUACACACGACAGACCGAUAUCCUGCAGGCGUUCACCAAGGAGGACCAAGAGGAUAGGCUUGAUGCCCUAACAGAAGUAGAUGGCUCCGGUCAGUUGACCAUUCGAUGCCCCCCAGAUUACCUCUCUCUGGACUGUGGGAUCACUGCCUACGAACUCUCAGACUACAGUCCCAGGGAGGAGGACACCCCACCUCCCCCUGCUAAACCUCUGGAGGACUGGACAUACAGUGCUAUGCAGCAGGAGUUUCCAGAAUUAGUUAAAGGCCCCGGUCUGCUAAGCGUGGCUACUGAAAAGGAAGAUCCCCUGGAUUCUGCAAUGGAGAACGAGUCUCUGCAACACCAGCUGGAGGAGACAGGACAGCAGACUCUCAAGGCUUUCCUUUCCAGUGAAAGCUCCACACCAAAAAGGCCUCUACAGGAGGGCAGUGACCAUGGUGGAGAUUCUCCCACUCGGCCUUCACUACCAAAACGGGGACUGUUCCUGAAUGAUUUGACGGAUUGGGUGCAGUCAGACAGUCUAACUUCCGUUGACAUGAACUCAUCCCUGCCAGUUUGCCCUACAUCCCCCAUCAAGCACUUCAGUCUUAGCGUGACAGCCACAUAUUCUACUAAUAUUCCAUCAUCUCCUAAAAGCCAAGUACCUGAAGAGCAUGACAUGGCACAGAAUAUGGGGGAGGAUGCCAGUCAAGUGCAUCAGUGCCCUGAUGGUAGCGCAUCCCCCAUCAAUUCUAGUCACUCCCACUGCAGCACACCAAAUGAAAGUCAGCGAGACCUGCAGAAUAAUAGACUGCCAGACUCACCGCCCCAGGAAUUAGGGACAGACAGCUGGUAUGGGUCUGAUGAGUUCCUGGCUUUACCUUCACAUUUGCACCAAACAGACCUUCUUGCCUUGCGCCUUGGUAGCCUUUCACAGUUGGUAUCUCCUACACCUGGAGAGCCCCAUCCAUCAUUCCGAGAUGUGGAGGAUUGGGAGAUCAGUUCAGGAUCAGAGGUUGGGCCCAGUUCACCCCGAUGUCUCUCUCCCAGUACCCAAAGUGACAUAGCCUCAUAUACCAAUGGCAGUGGACGAUCAACUCCACACCUUAGUGGGUCAGGAAGCAGUGGGAGACAGAACAAAGCAGCACUUAUACAGAGGUUGAUGUGGGACAUCCAGAGACAAGACAAUGAUCGACAUGUGUGGGACAAAAUCCAGGGCUUUGUGUCCAAGCUUGACAGAUUCAUCCGCUGGCUACAAGAUGCAAUGGAAGCUACAGAGAACUGGACCCCUCCGCAGCCUGAAACAGAGGCCCUACAGCUUUACCUGCAUACCCACCUGAACUUCAAGCAAAGUGUGGACAGUCACUGUGCAUUAAAAGAUGCGGUUCUGGAAGAAGGUCAACGACUGAUGGAGGUUCUGGUAUCUCACAGAGCAGGUUUCCAGGAGAUGGUUCAGAUGAUUACUGCUCAAUGGAAGGAGCUACAGAAGCAGAUACGGAGGCAGCACGGUUGGAUCCUAAGUGCUCUUGAUACUAUCAAGGCAGACAUACUGCAGACAGAUGAGACACCAGAGAUUAUGAGUGAACCACAGGUAAAUGGCGACUCUUCCAGUUCUCUACAAGCUCAGAGAGAGGCUUUAACCAAGAUGUCAUUGCAGCUGAGCAGCACAGAAUAUUCGGAGAAUACUCAUCACUCUGACCUGGUUCCUUUGAAAAGUAGCAUGAGAUGUGACAGUGUGCAGGAAGUGGAAUCAGAAUGUACAGAGUUCUGGGACUGGCUGCUGGACAUGGAAGCCACGGUGCAGAAUAGUCUUGGGUUGCUGGUGUCUGAAGAGCAGCAUCUGCAGAUGUGCAAGAGGUGCAGUGUGGAAAUGUCACUGAGGGAAGACAGGAAGCAUGCUUUACUCCGUCAGCUAGCGACCUUGAGGAAGGAAGGUACUGGGCUACCUACUAGCAUCCAAGACAAGGAAGAGAUGAUUCAGGAGAAAUGGGACAUGCUCAAGAUGUCUCUUUCUGAAGCGCUCUCUUACUCAACACCCCGUCCUGUGCUCUCUCCUGGAAGUGGAAAUCUAGUGCAGCAACUUGAUCAACGAGUAAAAGAGCUGAAGUCUUGGCUGAGAGAUACUGAGCUAGCCUUGUAUAACUCUAGCCUGAGGGUGGACAAAGAAGACAAUGGAAGAACUAAAGAACAUUUACAAAGAGAGCUUCAACAAUUCCAGAGUCUCUGCUCUGAGCUCCAGCUUCGUAGGCGUGGAGUGGCAUCUGUCCUACGAUUGUGUCACCAUCUUCUAAAUGUCCCGGACCCGUCCCCACACCACGAUCCUCCCAACCUGCAACUCUUAAGUGUCAAUCUGGAGAGGAGAUGGGAAGCGAUAGUGAUGCAGAGUACACAGUGGCAGAGGCGUCUGCAGAGGGAACUGGGUGAAGAACAGGAGAUGGAUCAACUGGUAGACCCAGACUGGGCUGAUUUGAACAAUACUGGUGGGGAGGAAGCAUUGGAAUGGGAUGAGACUGACAUUACUACAGAGCCUGUUUGUGGCACAAAUGAGAAUAAGCAGCUCACGGCAGACAUGCUUGUUUCAGGUGAAAGACACUGCUCAGAACAAGCAGUUUCAGAUGACACUCAACCGCACAGUCCCAUCGAAACACCUGUAUAUCAGGUCUACAGUUUGCAUAACAUGGAACGUUUUGAAGCAAACAUACAUUUGUCACAAAGAGAAACCAAGAAGUUGGAUUCCCUACCUCCCCUUUCACUUUCCCUUUUGCAAGGCUGCAAUUUUGUAUCACUGCCAGAUUUAGCUAAUCGUUCCCCACAAGCUCAUCACCUUACAAAGAUGCAAAUGGGCUCUACUGGCCAUUCUGAGAGUGAGAGCGGCAUUGCAAGUGGAGAAGGUGUAACUGCUGCCAAUUCAGAAGGGUGCCUAUCUCUGGAUGGAGAAGGGUCACAAGGGUGCCAGGAUCAGUAUGAUGAUGUAGGUCAGAUUGGCAGUAAAGGGGUUGGACUUGGACACUUUUCUAAGUCAAAGCCCCAAAGUCCACUUAUGUUUCAAAACACUUCCCAAAUACAGCCUAACAGGCUUAAAGCCAGGAGUCUAGAAAGAACACUGACAAUGGUACCAAACUUAUGUUUCCAAAGAACCCCUGGUCAAACUGGUGUAAACAGGACUAUGCUUCCAGCUAGCUCUGCAGACCACAGCCCUGAGGACAGGGUGGAUUUUCAGGACCUGAUUGAAGUCCUAAGUCCAGAAAACUCCCCAUCUAGCUCUUCAUCCCUAGAAUCACUCUCAGUCCAUUGUGAGGCUCUAGAGUCCUCAGUACUCAGACGUAGUGUGUCUUUGGAGAGCUGGCCAGCCUCAUAUAAGAGUAAUGAAGAUCUGUUCAGUCAGCAAGGUUCAGCUGAUAAUACCCCAGGAAGUGAUCCAGGGGAAGAGUUAAGUAAGCGUACUUUAGACUUGCUGAAGAGGCUGGAAGAUAUUGAAUGUCCAUCUGAACAACAGAAAAUGAAGCGCAGUUUCUCUGAUGACAUUACUCUUAGAUGUAGUUCUCGAAAGCCAUCUUUCUCUGGUCUCCAACUAUCACAAGACAAAGAAUCAUCAGGGAAUGAGGAUAUUGGUUCUGAGUUGACUGAACUGAGUAGCAGUGAGGAGUUAUCACUCAGAUCUGAAGAUAUGGUUGUACUAAAAGGUCGAUUAGGAUUACUCAACUCUAAUGCUAGUUUCCGCAAACAUCUAAGUCGUUCAUUGGGGGGAGAAGAAGGGGAAGCCAACCUAAGCAUGAUUGUUAAUGUAUCAUGUACAUCAGCUUGCACUGAUGAAGAAGAUGACAGUGACUUGCUAUCAAGUUCCACCCUCACAUUAACUGAAGAAGAGGAAGAAGAGGAAGUUGAAGAGCCAAACUCCAGUAUGGGAAGUGACGACGAGGCUGGAGAUGGUACAGAACUACCUUUAGGGUCAGAUUUUAUCAGAAGAGAGUUGCAGGCAUGGAUUAGACCUUCAUUUCUGCUUCCCAGAGAAAGAAGAAAAAUGAAUAGGGUGUUACAGGACAUGGCCGGUACUUCAAAGUCCGAAAAGAUAUUGCACAGCUCUAUACAUAAACAGAAGGAAAAUAAUGGAAAUGAUAAAGAUUUAACGAAGGUUUCAACAACAUCUGGAGAGGAAAAAAGUGUAAAUAAUUCUGGUUUGCUGGUUGAUGAUGUAGAAAAUGGAAAUGUCCACAGUAGUGUAGACAUUGUAAAGGGCAAUUUGUUUAAGAGAAAUCUUUCUGAAAGAAGCAUAAAAACAGGACCAUACCCAUCAAUAUCAAUAACUAAAACAGAAAAACUUCAUCCUCCCUGCAUGCCUGCCUUGGCCUAUCACAAGCCCCGUGAGCUAGGACCAUCCUCAAAUGGUAAGAGCAACUUACGUGUUACACGUGAAGCAGUGGCAGAUGUGGAAAUGAUAGAUAGUAGUUCAGUGGUGUCAGAAAGAAAGGAAGAAGCAUCUUCUAGUACAGUUUUAGAAUCCGCAAACGAGUCUUCAUGUUCUUGUCAUAGUUCAGCACAUGAAACAUCUAGUAGUCCAGAUUGCACUGUACAAGAAUUUGUGAAGGAAAUUUUGGGUAUGACAUCUAACGCACUCCAUAAAUCAUCACCACAGGAUGGACAGAGCCAAGGAACUGGAGCACAAAUCCGGGAGAAGGUGCUAGAGUAUUCUCGUAGGCAGCUGGAAAGAGGGGACUUCUACUCUUACCUAUCUCUUUCCUCUCAUGAUAGCGAUUGUGGGGAACUAAAUGGAUCUGCCACUAACACUCAGGUGCCAACAGAAGGUUACACAGAGCAAGAAAUUGAGGACAUGUUUGAAGCUUGCACAGAUGACUGGAAAGAAGAUUCAGUAAAAGAGCUAGAGUCUCAAGAUGUAAGUGGUCCUUCCACGUUAUCUGCUAGACAGACAACAACAUCAUCUGUUAAAUGCUUUCCUAAUUCUACUGGCAUCAAGAAUCCUCAGAAUAAAGUUCCAACCUCAGGGUCACAAGCAACUUCUAAAUUAUCUACCCAAAGACUUCAGGAUCAUUCGGCAGCCGCUGCAAAAGGAGCAGGCAAAACCUCCAGCAAAAAACUGCCUUUCACAAGAGAAACACGCGAAGAGCCAAAAGGGAAAAGUUCUGUAAAGCCAACAGUCUCUAGCCUUCCUAUUCUGCACAAAAGGGUCCGAGACCCAAGGCCAUCGACAGCAGGCAAUUCUAACCUGGGCACAGGGCAAAAGAGACCAUUAAGUGGCUCCAAGACCCACAAGGACCUGUGAUUCUACACCUCUUAACAAGGGUGCCUCCUCUGCUGAGGUGAAGGUGGCAGUGUGCUAUGCACUGAUCUUUUGUCUAUGCUUCCUCUCACACAGCUUAUUGGGCUACAUCAAUUGGCUUUCUGUGAGAAAAUCUGAAGACCUUCAGACUUCUCCGGAGUAGAACAGGGUAUAUAUAAUGAGGUGCCCUAAAGCGAUGUGUAUCACCCUCAAAGACCAACUGUGCAUUUCUUGGAAGCAAGAUAUUUACAUUUUGCUAUGUGAGCAAUUCUCUAUUACUCCAGAGUAAUGUAAAGAUUAUUUGUGAGCCAAUGGAAGAUGAUUUUCUGUUAACAAUGGAUACAGAAAACGGAUUGUUACAGUUCUGCAGAUGCCUAUUUGAGAGACUUGAGGAAGGACAUGAUGGUAUGUGAGGAACUACAAAGAGUAGACUAGUAUGAUCAAUGAGUUGGUAUGAUAUAAUAGGAGGCAAGAUAAUGGUUAUGGUUUAGAAUGUAAGUGAUAUAUAGAAAGUAUAAAGGUGAAACAUGAAGGAUGAACCGGAAAUCUGUAAGAUUUUGUGCUGGAUUAACUUU